UUAAGCAUCAGGCCAGCGGUAUUUUCUUUUUUUAAGCCUCCCUAUCUUCAGUAAUUGCAAAAGAUGUAAAGCUUAGAUCAAAAGGCUACUUUUGUUCCAAGUCAGAGGAGUUUUGAGUCAUUUCUACUUUCUACCUUUCAAACAGCAGGCCUGAAGAUAUUACAAGUUGAUUUAGGGAUCAUAUUAAGCAUACAGAUUGUCUGCAAUGAUUUUGCUAUCAAGCUUAAUGACUAUUUUAACACUCUGUUACCGGUGCCUUAAGUCAAUGGCUUCCCUCAUUCUGAGGUUUUUUUUGUCAGACAUUUCUUAUAUAGUUUCAUAUAUUUGGGAGAUUCAUCUGUUUGGGAUUUUUCUUUUACAUUUAUUUAAAUCGUAAUUUAUUUAUGUGUGCAUUGUAAUGUAUUUGUGGAUUGUUCUGCGUGUAAUUGUGAGUCUAUUUUAUUUGUAAAUCCUUCUGUGCACAUUUGUGAAUCUUUGUGUUUGCAUUUGUGAGUCUCUCCGUGUGCAUUUGCAAUUAUUGAGACUGAUCUGACCCCAUAAUUGUAAUUUUGUGACUGGAUUUGGAAGUCCAUUUUCAGAUAACAACAAACAUAAGCAUGUGUGUAAUGACAUUUAAUUCAGUUCUUUUCAUGAAAACACGCCAAGAGUUCUCAGGGAGGAUGAAAGAUAUAUUUAGGAGGAGGAGUCUUCGAAGAUGUUUAAAGUAAGAUUGUUGAUAACUGUAUACAAAAGUGUUAAGGGAACAAGGACACAUGUAAUGAAUGUGAUUGUCUAACAAUAUUUAUAUGCAGGAAUUAAUUUUAUACUUUAGAUAUGUCACUAAAAUAGCCUGCUGGCUAUGUUAAUAGUAGAUUGUUUUACAUAUCAAUGCUAUAAUAUUUAAAUGUCAGCGCAUACAUUAUUAUUUCAUUAUUAUUAUAAUUGGUCAUGUUUUCUCCACGAACUAAACUUAUGUAUGUUUCAUAUUAAAUCACUUAGUUAGGUUUAGGAAAUACAUUAAAGCUUAAAUAAGUACAUAAACUAAAUAAAGCAUUGACAACAUAACAUUAGGAUGGAAAACACAUCAUAAAGCUCACUAACGUCAACACGUCUCAAACACAGACUCCUGAAAGCAGGUUUGGGAUUAUCGAGGUAACUUCAUGGGGACUCUGGGUUCACUUCUGAUCGAUCACCAUGGUUACUUACGCUAAACAGAUGCCAGAGACUUCCUAUGAGAGACGUGGCGAAGCUCAACCACAACAUGACAAGAUCAUAAAGCUGAAGGAGCCAUGCCCCCCUCCUCCUCCUCCUCCCACAGGAAAUCAGAGUUCCACUAUGGAAGGCACAAGACAGAAGCAGCAGAGACCAUCAGUGCUGCGUCAGGUUACCCAAGCAGCUUCCAGACGACAACACGUGCAUCCAGAAAGUAGUGCAGCCGUCUCCAUUUGCAAGGAAGAGGUUGAUGCAGUCCGUCGACCCCCGUCGCCUUCACCCCACAUGGGCCCCUCUUCCAAGCAGAGCUCCAUUCAGGCCAUGCUUCAUGACGGGUCUUCCCUUGGACCCAAGUCUGAAGGUACUUCUGUUCCAGACCUUUGUGUUCCUGCCAGCAUCCCGAAGGAGACCAGUGCCCUGUUUGUGCGUGGCCUCUGUGGCUGGCCUGGCUGUGACGUGACGUCUGAAGACUUCCCUCGGUUCCUUAAGCAUCUCCAUUGUGAACACAGUCAUGGGGACAGAAGCAUCGCUCAGUGGAAGGUCCAGCAAGAUAUGGUUCAGUGCAUGGAAAGUCAGCUCAUCCUGGAAAAACAGAAACUAAUUGCGAUGCAACUUCACCUGCACCUCUCUGAACACAGACACACCGACUUGGCAGCUUCUGAGUGGCCGUACAGCCUUCCUCUGUUCCUGCCCCGGCCUCAGGUAACCGAUGGAGAUCGAGGACAACAAUGGGGCAUUCGACAUCUGGAGGAGUUGUCCCAACAUGGCUCUCCUCACAUUCUCCCAGAUCUGGUCCCCAGUAUUGAAUGUUACAAACACAACAACAUCAGGCCACCGUACACCUACGCCUACUUGAUAAGAUGGUCUAUCCUGGAGUCUCUAGAUCAACAGAGAACCCUGAAUGACAUUUACAACUGGUUCACGACCAUGUUCUUCUACUUCAGACACAACACUGCUACCUGGAAGAAUGCAGUGCGGCACAACCUCAGCCUGCACAAGUGCUUUGUGCGGGUGGAGGGAGGAAAGGGAGCUGUGUGGACGGUGGAUGAAGCAGAGUACCAGAGGAGGAAGGGACAGAAGUAUCACAGGGAUUGUCCUGUGAAGUGGCUCGCCUCCUACCCUCCUUACGGUCCAGAGGACCCCUGAACACCAGCAGGUGGAAGCACUGAGCUACACCUUUAGACCCAUUCACAUGCAGGUUUACUGCAUGAAGAACUGCUCCAAUGCCUUGUUGUUACAUCCAGAUGUUUCAAACUUAUACGUAUUCACUGAUUUCUAAUUGUUUUGGAAAAAUAAACAAAGCCAACAUUA